AAUAGAUGGUCGUCGUCAUGUUAAUACUGUUCCAGUUCGUCUUCGUCGUGCUCAAAAUGAUGAACAUGGAAAACAUGAAGAUGGUCAUUUUGCUACAGCAACAAUACGUUAUAUGAAAGAUUUAGCUUCUGUAUUCGGCAAUGAUUGUGUUUUUUAUUUAUCUCAAGAUGAUAAAUGUAAAGUUCCAUUAGGUUUACCUGCGGCUAGAGUUCAAGCACCAAUGUUAAUGCAUUUGGAUUAUCGUAUACGUUUACCAGAUCACGAUUGGACAGUUGCACCUCGACAUCAAUUGACACCAAGUGUAUAUGCAGCAUGUCUUCUAUCCGAAGAAGGAGAUUUAGGCUAUUCAGGUCCAACAUAUAUUGCAGUACGUUCAGCUAAACAUGAUCUAUCAAGUGCUGAAUCUCAUGCAAUAGAUUUUGAUCGUCUUGUUUCUUUAAAAGAAUUUGAAGACGUAGCACGCGAUGAAACUGGACAAGUUAAACCAAUUCUUAUUGUAACUGUUGACGGUGGUCCUGAUGAAAAUCCACGUUUUCCAAAAACACUUGUUGCGAAUAUUGGAAAAUUUAAAAAAUAUAAUUUAGAUGCACUUUUUGUUCUUACACAUGCUCCUGGUCAAUCAGCUUAUAAUAUAGUUGAACGUCGUAUGGCACCAUUAUCUCAUGAUUUAGCUGGUCUUAUUUUACCACAUGAUCAUUUUGGUUCACAUUUAAAUGAAUCAGGUGGAACAACAAAUGUUGAGUUAGAAAAAUUAAAUUUUCGUAAAGCCGGACAAAUCUUAGUUGAAACAUGGAAUCAAUCAAUUAUUGAUGGAUUUCCAUGUGUUGCUGAAUAUAUUAAUCCACCAGCGACAUCAGAAGAUGAACGUCGACAAAUCGAUAUUAAAAUUGUUAUGGAUGAAAUUUUACAACAAAUUUGCGCUGACGAAGAAGCAGAAGAAGGACAGGAAUUUCGUGUUCAUGCAUCGGAUGAAUAUUAUCAAGAAAAUGCUGGUGCACCAAGAGAAAAAACUGGUGAACAACCAAAAUGUGAUAUUGACGAAUAUUGGUGUGCUAUACACGUUUUACAAACACAAUAUACAUUACAAAUAAUUCGUUGUAAUUCAGUUGAAUGUUGUGGACCAUGGCGUUCAAAUUAUGUUGANUCCUUUUCCAAAGAAACAAACACGCAGCAGUACCAACACUUUCAUAUCAACUGA